GUAACACUUUGGCGCCAUAAUUUUAAAGAAAUAUUUUAAGGUUAUGUAAACAGUUCUUAGUUAGUUUUGUACAAUAGUUUUUAAAAUGCGGUUCCGUGCGGUGUUGGUAGAUAAUGCUGCAAUGAAAGAUUUUUUAACGACUGUAAAUAGUUUAUCAAAGUUAUCAAAGGAAUGUGUGAUGCGAAUUACCAUUCGACAUGUAUACUUCAUCAUUCCCGACGAUGAUACCGGACCUAGAAGACCUCUAGUAUGGUGCGAGUUACCUGUAAACUUUUACUUUAGAGAAUUUAAUUUGGAGGGUGUUUCGCACGAACAGAAUGAAAUUUACCUAGGACUUUCUACUGCAAUGUUGCUGAAAUCCCUAUCAACGGUUAAACAAAAUGCAAAAUCAUUAAAGGUGAAACUUACCAACAAACAAGCUCCCUGUCUCACAUUAGAAAUGGAAUUGACAUCAACUGAAGGUCUACAAAAUCGUCACCUCGUUCAUGAUAUACCAGUUGAAGUCAUCGGUAGGAAACAUUGGGGCGAAUACGCCGAACCUCAGUUUAACGAUUUUCAUGGUUUUCUGCAGGUUUCAAUGCAGAUGCCUAAUUUAAAACCAAUUAAAAGCAUAGUAGAGCGUAUGAAAAACAUGGGCCACUCUUUAAUCGUCUCCGCAACAAAGUUUGGUAAGCUGAGUUUACGCAUCAAAACAGAUGUUGUUAGCUUAACUGCUCAUUUCUCCAAUCUCGGCAUUGAAUCAUUUGCAGUUGCUCAUAAUACUGAAUUGCUUGAGAACACAAAUGAUGCAGAUGCAACUGAAGUUAAUUCUGUAGUUACUGCUACCAUUGACAUAAAGAAGUUUUUAAUGUUUUUAGCAGGUAUGCAGUUGAAUAAUUGCCGAACAACAUGCAGCAUUGUACAUGGGAAGAUGGUGAAGUUGUCAUGUGAACAGCCUGGGGCUCUGUCUUUGCAGUGUUUCUUUACAGAAAUUUUAAUUUAAGCAAUACCAUUAGAAUUAUGAUCUACUUGCUGCAAAUUUAAUUUAUAAAAAUAGAAGUGGAAAAAUUAAGUG